ACCGGUCCGGCUUUGUGACGGCGACGGGCCUGCUCCGACUCCGCCCCAACGUAAGAAAGGAGCCGGUGAGCCGGGCCCCGCGCCAGAGAGGACGAGAGCAGAACCGAGCCGAGCCGAGCCGAGCCGAGCCAUGGCUGAGCAGCGGCGCUCCGAUGCCGACCUGACCGCGGCCUCGGGGUCCCGGCGGGGGCCGGCACCGAGCUCGCCUCCCGUGCGGGACCGGCGGGCCGCCCUGCCCCUGUCCCAGGUGUUGCUGCGGGCCAUCGCGGCCGCCCCCGGUCGCAGAGGACUGUCCCUCGCCCGGCUCAGGAAGGAGUUCCAGGACGCGGGCUACCACGUGCGCAGGGCCGCGGAAAGCUCCGACUCCAAUGGGGCUCUCCUGCGCAUCAACGGCCGGGGGGUUUCGGGCACCUAUAGGGUCUGCCAGGGCCCGAAUCCCAGCAUCACGCUCCAGUCGACGGAGACCGGGGGCGAGGCCCAGCGGAGGGCCCGAGCCAAGCCGAGGGGCGAGGCCGAGGGGCAGGGCAGUGGCCAGGCGAGGGGCAGGGCCAAGCCCCCGGGUCCAAGGGGUCAUCAGAAGGCCAGGGCCGAAGCCAGGGUGAAGGCCAAGCGGAGGCGGGCGAAGCCAAGGAGCACCCCAACGGCCCCCAGCCGCCCCAAGGCCAAAGGGAAAGGCAGCCCGAACCACCGCAAGCCCCGGAGGAAGCAAACCCCCCAAAAGAGGAAGACCCCCGCCCCGGCCCGGGGGAGCCGUUCCCGAUGCAAGGAAGCGCCCAGGAAGAGGUCCGCUCCCACCGGCCUCCGCUCCAACGUGGCCCGGGGAAACGCCCUUCAAAAAGGCCCGAAGCGGGCCAGGGGGGCUCAUCGCCACAGUGAAAGUCGCUAGCCUAGCGGGACAAUAAAGCUGGGUGACGCCACGGACAGUGGCUCCCUUCAUUCAGGCCUCCA